AUGGAAGCCGAGACUACAUAGGCAUGCGGCAAAAGAUAGCGAGGUUUUGAAAGGCAUCGACACUCGAGAGAAUCUUGUUCUGGCAGAUAGAAACGCAGACCUAGGAGCGAAGCCACAACGCUCGCAGCAGUGCAAGCCAAAAUAGUCAUGGCAGACGAUGUUCCCAGUGAUGUAAAGGACGAAGUGGCGGAGAUUGCCCCGUUUGAUCCUACUAAAAAGAAGAAGAAGAAGAAGGUUGUAAUUCAGGAUGGAGCUGAUGAUUCUGUGGAAAAUUUGGCUGAGCAGACAGAAAAUUUGACGGUUUCUGAUGGGCUUGAAAGUACAUUCUCUGGUUUGAAAAAGAAGAAGAAGAAGGCAGUUGAAACCAGUUCCUUCAAUGAAGAGAGUGGGGAUGCAGGGGAAGAUUUGGAUGAUCAUGCUGGUGAGGAUGAAGAAGGGGAAGGAACUGUGCUACAGUCACGAUAUCCUUGGGAAGGAAGUGACCGUGAUUAUGAGUAUGAAGAGCUUCUUGGUCGGGUGUUUAACAUUCUUCGGGAGAAUAAUCCAGAGCUGGCAGGAGACAGGCGUAGGACUGUUAUGAGGCCUCCCCAAGUUCUUCGUGAGGGCACAAAGAAAACUGUUUUUGUGAAUUUCAUGGAUCUCUGCAAGACGAUGCAUCGGCAGCCAGACCAUGUGAUGGCUUUCUUGCUGGCUGAACUGGGAACAAGUGGAUCACUUGAUGGGCAGCAAAGGCUAGUUGUGAAGGGAAGAUUUGCGCCUAAGAAUUUUGAAGGAAUCCUGCGUCGAUAUAUCAAUGAAUAUGUUAUUUGCCUUGGGUGCAAAAGUCCAGACACUAUACUUUCGAAGGAGAAUCGUCUCUUCUUUCUUCGAUGUGAAAAGUGUGGUUCUGGACGAUCUGUAGCUCCAAUUAAAGCCGGUUUUGUUGCCCGUGUUGGCCGUAGGACCGCAGGGGCAUGAUCUAACCCAUUACUUUCCGGUUGGAGACUCGUAGUUGAGUGGCUUAUGAGCCAGCCAGGGUUGGGGUUUCAGUGUCUGUUUACUAAUCUUGCUUUUAAGUAGAAGUCAGCAAUUUAUCAUUUAUGGACACGAUCUAAGUAUCAUUUUAUACGGAAUACAUGAUGUUUAUCGAGUUUCGUAACAAACAUUUUGUAAGUACUUUUAAAGGACGAACUAGUUGUUUUGAAGGUUGUUUAAGAGACCAUUUCUUUCUA